AGAAGAUCUGUAACAUCUGUGACGACCAUACAUUAUAUACUUUAUCUGCAAGAGGAGAGCCCCUGUUACAGGAGGUUACCAAGGAAAAAUGGGCUUUCGAGACUGUCUUAGGUCAUGUUUUCUCGGCUUCUUUGAAUAUGAGACACCCAAGAUUAUGGUGGUAAAAAACAGAACUCUCGGGGUUAUCUACAGAGGUGUACAUUUACUUGUGACAACCUAUUUCAUAUGGUAUGUCUUCAUCAGCCAGAAAGCGUACCAGGAGAGCGAAACACGCCCAGAGAGCUCUGUCUACACAAAAAUGAAGGGCACAGCAUUGCUGGGUGACAUGGUACAGGACAUGGUGGAGUACGUCCGACCCUCGGAGGGUGGUGAUGUCAUCAGCACAAUUCUGCGCAGAGAGGUUACACACGACCAGCAGCAGGGGGUGUGUGCAGAGCAUUAUUCUGUUCCCAAAGCCAACUGCACAUCAGAUUCGGACUGCAAGGCAGGAGAGGUUGACUUUGAUGGCAACGGACCAGGAACAGGGCGCUGUAUACCUUAUUAUAACCAUACCUUUAAAACCUGCGAGAUCAAGUCCUGGUGUCCCAUUGAAGAAUUUGCAGCUGUUAGAGAGGCAGCCCUGGCGGAAGCUGUUAACUUCACAGUCUUCAUCAAGAACACCAUUCACUUCCCCAAAUUUAAAGUGCUCAGGGGCAACAUCAAAGCAAACAAAGCAAGGUACCUGAGCCGUUGCACCUACAAUGAGGUGACAGACCCCUACUGCCCCAUCUUCCGGCUGGGCUACAUCGCAGAGCAGGCCAGGGAGAAGUUCAGUGAGCUCUGCAGGACGGGAGGAGUGAUUGGGGUAUUCAUCAACUGGAAGUGUGACUUCGACAUAGACCCCUCCAACUGCGUUCCCACUUACGCCUUCCGGCGUCUGGACCUCCGCAAGAACCUGCCGAGCUCUGGGUACAACUAUAGGUUUGCAAAAUAUUACAGAAGGAAUGGCAAGGAAUUCCGUACUCUUAUUAAAGCAUUUGGGAUUCGUCUGGAUGUCAUUGUCCACGGGCACGCUGGGAAAUUUAGCAUCAUUCCAACUAUCAUCAACAUGGUCACUGCUUUGACAUCAGUUGGAAUUUGUUCUGUCAUUUGUGACUGGAUUCUGCUCACAUUCAUUGACAAGAAUGAGGUCUACAGUGAAAGAAAGUUUGAUGAGGUCUCUGAAGAAUCGCCUCCACCCACAUUGACCGAGUUCACCCUCACAAGCUAUGGCUCCACCCACUCUGACCUAUCAGAAGGCGUGGCACUGUGA